AUGCCAAUUUCCUGCCCGGACGAGACCACCGCGAGCAACGACAGUUCGGCGACGUGUUUUCCCGUCCAAAAUGCAACCGAGUCCUUCUGGCAAACACAGCAGCAUCCUCUGAGUGAUCAUCGCUCGACGCCGGAAUUGCCAGCUCAUAGCGACAUCGUCAUUGUCGGCGCCGGCUACGCUGGAGUGAGUACGGCCUACCAUCUUUCCCGGGAUUUGGGGGAGGCCCCUUCAAUCACCAUUUUGGAGGCUCGGGCGGUCUGCUCUGGGGCGACUGGAAGAAAUGGAGGACACUUGCGACCAGACUUCUACGGACAUAUACCAACCUACAUCGAGCGGGCCGGGCCAAGGGCAGGUGCGGAGAUUGCGGAGUUUGAAAUUGCCAAUCUUCGGGCGCUGAAGCGAUUCAUCGAACGUGAGAAUAUUAAUUGCGACUUCACCUUAACGAGAUCAAUCGAUGUGUGGUGCAACGAGGAGGCCGCACGAAAGGCCAAGGGCAUUUACGACAGCAUGGUCGCACAUGACUUCAACUACAUGGAUGACGUCGUUUUCUACACUGGCAGUGAGGUGGACGGUAUAUGUGGUGUCAAAGGGGCAGUUGCAUGCGCCUCGUUCACUGCCGGAACCAUGUGGCCCUUCAAAUUUAUCAUGCACCUAGUGGAAAAGCUCGUCAAGAGCAAGCAAGUAAACCUUCAGACACACACCCCGGUGCUGUCAGUAAAUCCAGACCGAGCCGGUGGAUUCCUUGUCGAAACUCCUCGAGGGCAAGUCCAUGCCAAUAAAGUGAUAUACGCCAACAAUGCCUAUGUUGCAGGCGUCUUACCAGAAUAUCGAAGGAACAUCGUUCCUUGCAAGGGGAUCUGCUGCCGUAUUACAACAGCUGAUGCAAAGGAAUCUUCGCCCUUACUCAACAACUCCUACAUCAAUCGAACCGACGACAACACGCUCUCGUAUCUGGUUCCACGGGCAGAUGGAAGCAUCAUUGUUGGUGGUGCAGCUGCCAAGUUCCAGCCAUUUAGGGAGCAAUGGUAUAACAAUGUGGAUGAUAGUUGCCUGAUUGACGCGGUGAAAUAUUACUAUGAUGGAUACAUGCAGCGGACCUAUCGCGGAUGGGAAGGUACAGACGCUCGUAUUGACAAGAUUUGGACCGGAGUUAUGGGAUACUCAUACGACUCAAAUCCGCAUAUCGGUCAGGUGCCAGCUAAGGAAAAUGAGUUCAUUCUUGCAGGAUUUAAUGGGCACGGCAUGCCUGUCAUUUGGCUCGCAGCCAAGGAGCUGGCAGACAUGGUCACUCAAGCGAAACCGUUUGAGGCUACCAGUCUACCGAAACUUUUUAAGACCUCGCAGGCACGCAUUGAUCGCGCAAUCAUGGGUCAAGAGGAGGAGGGAGACAUUCUCGGAAAUGGAAACCGACCCUCUACGAAGCCAUAG